UCUUCUUCUUCUGAGCAGUGAAAACAAUCAAAUCAAAGAAGAAGAAACCAUUAAUGGGGAGCGAGGACCGAAAACAGAGUCCGCGAGACCCAAGAAAGAACCAACCAACAGAAUCGGGUUUUAUAUUCAGCCCCAGAUUCAAAUCGGUUGCCGCCAUGGCCGGUUGGGACGAAGACUCCCUUCUGUGCGCGAGCCUCAUCGUCGACGACACGCCCGAUCGCGACUCUCGGCGUAGGAAACGCACCUUGUCUCAGUUCAACACCCCACCAAGCAGCAAUUCAAGAAGAAAAAGAAGGGCUCAACAAAGGAGUCCGAUUUCGAUCCCUAUGGUUUCUCUUGACCUUGACGAUGGGGCAACUACAGAGAAAGAGGCAACCCCUUUGAAGGAAGAAAGAAAGGAAACGGGAGGAGAUAUUUCAUUGGCUGAACAGAAUUCCGGUGGCCUUCCCUGUAUGGAUAAGCUCAGGGAAGAACUUUCUUGCGCGAUCUGUCUGGAUAUUUGCUUAGAACCUAGCACUACUCCUUGUGGACACAGUUUCUGCCUGAAAUGUUUGCGAUCUGCUGCGAGCAAAUGUGGGAAAAAGUGCCCAAAAUGCAGACAGGUUAUAAGCAAUGGAAGGUCCUGCACAGUGAACACCGUUCUUUGGAACACAAUACAGCUUCUUUUUCCGAAAGAAGUGGAAGCAAAGAAGUCAGCUGGAGCCUCAAAAGGUCGAGAAUCCGAGCGUAAUCAACAAAUCCCGGAAAUGGCGUUUUACAAUAGUUUAAGGAAUGAAGGCACACGAGAAUCACAGUUACCAAGCAGAACAGAAACCAUAAGAAGAAGAAGAAGAGCAGCGACACAGAGCCGAAAUGAUGACACCAUACUAAGCCCAGAACGAGAAAUGAGAAGGAUUAUCCGAGCAGCUUCAAGGGUGUCGAGCAGCGAUACCACGUGUAUACCGAGCCAAGACGAGGACGCGGCAUUAGCUCUGAGGUUGCAGAGAGAGGAGUUUAUGGGGGCUUUCAGGGGAACGACAACGAGGCUGCUUAACCAAUCUAGAACAAGUACUACUACGGUUACCAGAGGAACAAGGGUUAACCAAUCUAGUACUACUACUAAUACUAAUACUAGUGGCGGUGGCGGCGGCGGUGACGGUGGUAGUAGUUCUUUUUCCUUAGCUAGAGCAAACUUGAGGGCCAUGGCAUCUAGAGCCGUAACCCUCAGGGUUAGAGAUCGAUACAAUAUUUAGUUCCAGGAUUGUUUACUUGCAUGGAUGAAUGUUUUUCUAGCAAAAAUUUCACUCAUCAUAAAGAUGCAUGAUGAGUGAUACAUCUGUACAAAACUAGGGUUGUUAGAGAUUUCAUUCCUUCAAAAAGUUCACAGGAUUCAUCAUAAAGAUGUACGACUAAUUUCUCUUCUGACUGUACGCCCGUUCAUUUUUCAGUAAUCAAACAUUGUGCGUUUUCAUCUUGACCUCAUCAUUGAGGGGAUUUUGUUGUUUUUGUUUUUGAACUGUCAAGAGCAACAGGCACCAUCCAACAGAAAUUUUCCUUGUAAUCUUAACAACACA